AUGGCUAGCAGUGCGAAGCUGGAGGCUUCCCAACAGCCUCGCCAACCAGCUGCCGCUCCGGUUCCUGCAAAGAAGAUCCAUUAUCCUUUUUGGUUUGGUGGUUCAGCCUCUUGCUUUGCGGCUGCCGUCACUCACCCUCUGGACCUUGUCAAGGUCCGAUUGCAAACACGCGGGCCUGGGGCGCCCACCUCCAUGGUGGGAACAUUUGGACAUGUGAUCAAGACCGAUGGAGUUCGAGGCUUGUAUAGCGGGUUAUCGGCCGCGAUCCUGCGCCAGCUGACCUACUCGACGACUCGGUUCGGCAUCUACGAGGAACUCAAGAACUACUUCACCACACCCGGGUCGACGCCCGGGUUUUUCACUCUGAUCGGCAUUGCGUGCGCCUCGGGCUUCAUUGGAGGAUUCGCCGGCAACCCGGCCGAUGUGCUUAAUGUGCGCAUGCAGUCGGAUGCGGCGUUGCCCGCGGCCCAGCGCCGCAACUAUCGCCAUGCGCUGCACGGCCUGGUCGAGAUGACACGCACCGAGGGCGCUGCCAGUCUCUUCAGGGGCGUGUGGCCUAAUUCGACGCGCGCGGUUCUGAUGACGGCGUCCCAGCUGGCCUCGUACGACACUUUCAAGAAGCUGUGCAUCGAGCGCAUCGGCAUGUCGGACAACCUGGGCACGCACUUCACGGCCUCGUUCAUGGCCGGCUUCGUGGCCACCACCGUCUGCAGCCCCGUCGACGUGAUCAAGACCCGCGUCAUGACGGCCCACCCCGCCGAGCACGGCCAGAGCAUCCCCAGCUUGCUGCGCGAGAUCACCCGCAAGGAAGGCUACGCGUGGGCGUUCCGCGGCUGGGUCCCCAGUUUUAUUCGUCUGGGUCCGCACACGAUUGCCACGUUCAUCUUCCUGGAAGAGCAUAAGAAGCUUUAUCGGUGGGUGAAGGGGAUCUCCUCGGAAGAGAAACAGUGA